AUGGGAAAUCAGAAACAGAAGUGGACGGCUGAGGAAGAAGACGCCCUCCACCGCGGCGUCCAGAAGUACGGCGCCGGCAAGUGGAAGAACAUCCUCAGAGAUCCCGAAUUCGCUCCUUCCCUCACGAGCCGUUCCAACAUCGAUCUCAAGGAUAAAUGGAGGAAUUUAAAUGUUGUCACUGGACAGGGCUCCAAUAUAAAGUCUAGAACUCUCAAGCACAAACUACCAGCACCUACUGCAGUUACAACUCCCGAUCCUACUCUGCAAUUCCUCCUUAGUAUUGAGCAGAAAGGUGUUGACUUCAAAAAAGUUGAUGCUCACGUUCACCAGUUAAAGGGUAGCAGCUCAAGGACACAAUUUGGCUAUAAUAUUUUUCAGGCUUAUACCAUGGAAUUGGAACAAGAAGUUACAAAGUUAAAAGAGGAGAAUGAAGAACUUCAGAAAAAGCAGGAAGAAAUCAUGGAAAUGCAGAAAAAUCAAGUAUGGCUCUGGGUUUAG